GUGAAGCAAUGACUUAUUUAAGUGCAGACGAUAUUGAUCCUCAGGAUGGUGCUUCAUUGAACAAUCCUGUCUUCACACCUGAUUUCCUCAAUAGUAUCAAGCUUUCUGGUUUGCCAAAUCACAGUCUCAGUCUCAAGAUUGGUGCACCGGUUAUGUUACUGAGGAAUAUUGAUCCAAAAAAUGGUCUAUGUAAUGGUACUAGAUUGCAGAUAACGCAGAUGGGUAAUCAUAUACUUGAAGCCAAAGUGAUUACUGGAGAUAGAAUCGGAGACAAAGUGAUAAUCCCUAAAUCUCAGAUAUCACCUUCAGAUACCAAAUUGCCUUUUCGCAUGAGGAGAAGAUAGUUUCCAAUAUCUGUGGCUUUUGCAAUGACAAUAAACAAAAGCCAGGGACAAUCACUUAAAGAGGUAGGGAUUUAUCUUCCUAGACCAGUAUUUUCUCAUGGCCAGCUGUAUGUUGCCUUAUCAAGAGUCACUUCCAAAAAAGGUUUGAAAGUUCUUAUUGUGGAUAAAGAAGGAAAAACUCAGAGUCAAACAAUGAAUGUCGUCUUCAAAGAGAUCUUUCAGAACCUAAGGAAUUAGGAUAGUUUUAGUUUUUUUGCUUCUGUUAUUUAACUUUGUAGAUGUUUUGUAUUGUUUUUUAGAACAGCAAGUUCCUUUCCAUAGUCAUUUUAAUCCAAACAUAAUCAGACUCUCUGCAACUACAGUAGUGUAAGUUUAAGAGUUCAUUUCUAGACAACAAAAUCAAGAAACCUUAGUUCAAUUAUAACUCCGAUUGAGACAAACAACAACUUCAAUUUGUGUCUACAACUGAAAAAACAGAUCCAAA